GUGAAUAUUAAAUGAAGGAAAUACGUGAAGAGGGGGAGAAAGUGGUAGAUAAACGCAGCGUUCGACAUAUUGCUCUGUAUACCUCUUUCCUCUACUAAUAUGAUAAAACCUCUAUACGCCAUCACAUUGAGUAGUUUGCGGCUGGGAGUAGCUACUGUAUUGUCCACUGAUGUCUGUACCCCAGAAAGGGGAGAACUAAAGUCCUACUCAUCUUGUCUUAUUUGACUUAUCUGUAGAAGUAACCUAAAACUACCCGAAUAUAGUGGCAAAUUUAAUAUGCAUCCUCCAGUUUCUCGCGAUUGUGACAAGGUAAUAAUAUCAUUAGCAGGUGAAAAAUCAUCCCGAUCAGCGUAUCUUUCCAUAUGCCAAUCGGUUCCAUGACAGCAGUUUUGCUUGGUAUAUAAUUAAACACGUAUUUUUUUAAGCCCGCUUCGUCGUGUAAGAAUAUACAUCCUCUAUCCACCUCCCUCCUUCCCCACCCAACCCCAAACUUUAAUGAACAAUCACGAUCCAUCUCAAAAAAAAGCUACACCUACACAAUUGACUCCAAGUCCAAAUCAACUGAAUGCAGCAAAGAAUAACGACCUUGUCCCAGCAGUCAAUCAAAUCGAAAAAGCGACUCCAGUUAUAAAUAUUACGAACGACAAAAAAGUAAUUCCACCCAGACCAUUGCUGCCGCGACCGAGAGAAGAGCAUUCUUUGAUCAAACCGCAACAAGAUCCCUCUCCCGCAGCUACUCUACUACCUGGUGCCUCUACUUUUCUUCUUCUUCCUUCUCCUUCUUCGCAAGAAAGCAAGCCUAAAGAUCCAACUCCAGCAAUAACAACACCAUCCACUGCCGCAAGUAAAACUACAGCAGCAACGAAAAUCACCACAGAACCGAGCACCAAACAACAACAGCAAAGUCGAAAACGAAAGUCUCCAACAGAUGAAAGUGAGAGUGGACAUCAUCAAGUUGUUAAGAGAACGCCAGAGACAACAGAGCCAGCAACAGUACGUCGAGCUACUACUACUGGUGGCCCAACAAGAACGCGAUCAGAAGAAGAUGAUGAUGAUACAUCUGUAGACAAACGACCACGGAAUGUAGAAAAGAUCAUCUAUGGUCGAUACCAAAUCGGCACUUGGUACUAUUCGCCCUAUCCAAGCGAGUAUGGCGACAAGGUCGAGGAGCUAUUUAUUUGCGAACAUUGUUUGCGAUAUACGGUGGAGGAUAGCCAGUUACGUGCUCACAAGUUGCAUUGCAAGCGACGACGGCCACCAGGGCAAGUCAUUUACCAACAAGACGGCAUCAAAAUAUACGAGAUUGAUGGACGAGAGCAUAAAUUAUACUGCCAAAACCUUUGCUUAAUGUCCAAACUGUUUCUGGAGACCAAAACGUUGUACUAUGAUGUUGAAGGCUUCACGUUCUAUGUGCUAACUGAGCAAGACCGUACUCUGGACCUAUUCGUUGGUUACUUCUCAAAGGAAAAAAUCUCUUAUGAUAACUACAAUUUGGCGUGCAUCAUGGUAUUACCGCCGCAACAACGAAAAGGAUAUGGGCGCCUGUUAAUAGAAUUAAGCUACGAGUUAUCGAAACAUCAGGGCGUAAUUGGCUCACCCGAAAAACCAUUGUCAUCUCUAGGCGCACUGGGAUAUCGGUCGUAUUGGGCGUCUACGCUUAUUGCAUCAUUGCGCGAUUUCCGUGGCCAGCUCACAAUCCAAGAGCUGAGUAAACGAACGGCUAUCCAUAUCGACGAUGUGAUUGACACUUUGGCAUGGCUGGGUAUGUUAAAAUAUCGCAAGAAAAAUGUAAAACAAGAAGAAAAAGAAAAAGGUGGUGCUGCUGCUGCUACUACUGCUCAACAUGAUGGUUCUCCUUCUGGUACACCUGUACAAGUAUGCAUUAAGAGCGAUAUGCUAGAAAAUGCCAUAGCAGAGCAUCAUUUGAGAUUCACCAAGAGAAUUGAUCCGAGCUUAAUACGCUGGAAGUAUACUACUAGCAAUGCCACUACUUCUACAAGUGGCGGCCAUCAUCAUUUACAUCCUGAAGAUACAAUUCGAUAAUAAUAAUAAUAAUAAUGAAAAUAAACUUGUACAUAUAAGAACAACCGUCCCUGAUACAUGAAACAGAACGGCACUUGUAGAU